AAAUUUGAGUUCACCUUGGCGCCUUAAAAAAAUCGUUAUGCAACUCGGGGGAAUCAUUGACGUUGGUUGUUGCGAAAGACUUAAGCUGUGAGUCUUAGAACAUUGUUUGACACAUGGGAAAACAAGUAAAUCCGUCCACAAACAUCCUAUUUACUUACAGCAAGAUGGAAACUUACACGAACUAAACUAUAUUAUACUAAAAUUCGCACUGGCUCGAUUCGUAGGUACUUCAAACGGGUCGUAUUUAUAGAAAUUUAUUUAUUGGACACGUAAGCAGUUCGGAGAUCCAGUGCCAGGUUUUAAAAAUACAAUCUCUACGUCUUUACAGCCAUCUCGUUCCAACCAAAACCCUAAAUGAAGACCGACAACAUGGAAAUUAUCUAAUAAUUUUCAGUUUAUUUUAAGUUGCGAAUUGAGACCCAUCAAUGAUUUGGUUUUGUUGGGAAUGUGUAAAUACUUAAUAAACACUGAAGAUAUUUAUUUUCAUUGUUACAAAGAUCGGGAUUAAAGGAUCCAAGCCCUUAUCAGAGCAAACACAGGUAUCAACAUUUUUUUUCUAUUUAAGAGAAAAACAAAGCAAUUUGAAGCAUUUGUCGAGACAAAAUGAGGAUCUUCAUCUGUUUCACUCUUUUGUUCAUCUGCUUCACAAUCAUCCCCACGGCUUACUGCGACAGGAAGCACAAAGUGACUGAAUACAACGAACGUGAUAAACGUGAGACGAGAGAAAGAUACACGAGACGUGAUCUCGAAGAUGAAGAUGAUCGCAAGUUUAGGAAGAACAAGAAUAGAGGACGCAAUGACGAAGACGACGUAACUGAAAAAAAGUACAAGGGAGGGAAGAAGAACAACGACGAAACGAAAAGGUUCAAAAUCAGAAAUGAAGAAGUGUUGACCAAGGGACGAAAAUCUAGAAAAAAUAACCAAGAUGAAGAUGAAGAACCCGUCAAAGUGACAAAAUCGAAGAUCUACACCCGGAAAUUCCAAGAAAGUGACGAAGAUGACGAUACUGAAGAAGACGAAGUGAGUGAAUCUUGUACCAAAAAGGGGAGGGAUUGUGACAAUACUGAAGAAACGGACGAUGAUGACACUAAUGAAGAUGAGGAGAGUGAGGAAGUCCCAAAGAAACGGAUAAUUUACGUGAAAAAGUUUGCCCACGAGAAGAAGAAGAACAACAAAGAUAAAGAAAUCGGAACGAUUUUGAAGAUACACAAGAAGAAUGGUGUCGAUGUCAGUAAAAACAAGGGUCGGAGAUUCAGGAAAGAUAACGACGAUGAUGAUUCGAGUGAAGAAAUGGAUCUUCCGAAACGACACCGUUUACUCUAUGAAGAAGACGAGUGAAUUUGUUACUCGAAAAAGUGCCCACUUCAUCGGAGUGGUUUAGGGAGGAAAUUAGUCCAAUUGUUGCUCAAUGUUGUUAUUAACCUCUUCACGUUUUUGCGGAUUAUGGGGGGUUAAUUACCCAAUUCCAUACUUUCAUUAUAUUACGUUUUGUUACAAUAGAACUUUCACUUUU